AUAUCUGCCCGUCCUCUGCCACCACUGCCAUCACCUCCGCACACAUUAUCUCCUUCGCACACAUUCGCGAGCAAUGAAUCUCUGAAUGAUUACGAAUGGUAUCAUUCGGUGGAGAGAGAGGACGCCGAGGCUCUACUCCUAACCCAAGAAGAGGACGGCGCCUAUUUGGUCCGUGAAUCCAAGAGGGCCGGCAAAUGCAAUCCAUACACUCUGACCAUCUUUCACAACGGAAGGGUCUUCCACCUGAACAUCAGGAAAAGACCGGACGACAUUCAAAACAGUUGCCGAUUUGGUUUCAUACCAUACAUCAGAACCCAUACUACUUACAACACGGGGCACUCCGGCCGGAAAGACACGCCUUAUUUCGACGCCUUCCUCUUCAUAUUAAUAGUGACCAAAGAGAUGAUGACUGAUCGGCUAUUCUUGUCUUAUUAG